UUUCCAGGGAGCCCCUGGGUCAAAUCUUCCUCCAGAUUCCACCUCACCUCUUCUUAGCAGCUCUGCUUGAGUUUACAGAUGUCCACCAAACUUUAGAUUCCUGAGAGAAUAAAGGUUGAGACCCAGCAUGACCAUGCCAGCUAAUUGGACCUCAUACCAGAAAUCCCUGGGCCUGGCUCCAGAGGAACAUGGCAGUUCAUGUGAGGGAUCAGUGUCCUUCAGGGAUGUGGCUGUAGAUUUCAGCAGAGAGGAGUGGCAGCAGCUAGACCUUGAUCAGAAAAACCUGUACCGGGAUGUGAUGCUGGAGACCUAUAGCCACCUGCUCUCAGUAGGGUAUCAAGUUCCUGAAACAGAGGUUUUCAUGUUGGAGCAAGGAAAAGAGCCAUGGGCACUGCAGGGUGAGAGCCCACAUCAGAGCUGUCCAGGAGAGAAAUUAUGGGGCCAUAAUCAAUGUGGAAAAAUCCUCAGCUAUAAACAAGUACCCUGUCAACAUCAGAAAAGUCAUACUGGGGCAAAAUCUUAUGAAUGUGCUGAAUUUGGAAAUAUCUUCACCCAGAAGUCACAACUCAAGGUACAUCUGAAAGUGCAUACAGGAGAAAAACUGUAUGUAUGUAUUGACUGUGGAAAGGCUUUUGUACAGAAGCCAGAAUUCAUUACACAUCAGAGAACUCAUACUAGAGAGAAGCCCUAUAAGUGCAGUGAAUGUGGGAAAGCCUUUUUCCAAGUAUCUUCUCUUUUCAGGCAUCAGAGAAUUCAUACUGGAGAAAAACUCUAUGAAUGCAGUGAAUGUGGGAAAGGCUUCUCUUAUAACUCAGAUCUUAGUAUACAUCAGAAAAUUCAUACUGGAGAGAGACACCAUGAGUGCAGUGAUUGUGGCAAAGCAUUCACGCAGAAGUCCACACUCAAGAUGCAUCAGAAAAUUCAUACAGGCGAGAGAUCCUAUAUAUGUAUUGAAUGUGGACAGGCCUUCAUCCAGAAGACACACUUGAUUGCACACCGAAGAAUUCAUACUGGAGAAAAACCAUAUGAAUGCGGUAACUGUGGGAAGUCCUUCAUUUCCAAGUCACAACUGCAGGUACAUCAACGAACUCACACAAGAAUGAAACCGUCUAUAUGCAACGAAUAUGGGAAGGUUUUCAACAGUAGUUCCAACCUCAAUACACAUAAGAAAGUACAAAUGAGAGAGAAAUCUUCCAUAUGUACUGAAUGUGGUAAGGCCUUUACGUACAGGUCAGAGUUGAUUAUACAUCAGAGAAUUCACACCGGAGAGAAACCUUAUGAAUGCAGUGAUUGUGGAAAAGCCUUCACUCAGAAGUCAGCACUCACAGUGCAUCAGAGAAUUCAUACAGGAGAAAAAUCAUAUAUAUGCAUGAAAUGUGGGCUAGCCUUCAUCCAGAAGGCACACUUGAUUGCCCAUCAAAUAAUUCAUACAGGAGAGAAACCUUAUAAAUGUGGUAAUUGUGGGAAAUCCUUUACUUCCAAGUCACAGCUUCACGUGCAUAAACGAAUUCACACAGGAGAGAAACCUUAUAUGUGCACUAAAUGUGGGAAGGCAUUUACCAACAGGUCAAAUCUCAUUACACAUCAGAAAACUCAUACAGGAGAGAAAUCCUAUAUAUGUCCUAAAUGUGGCAAGGCCUUCACACAAAGGUCAGACUUGAUUACACAUCAGAGAAUUCAUACUGGGGAGAAACCUUAUGAAUGCAAUACCUGUGGAAAAGCCUUCACCCAGAAGUCACACCUCAAUAUACACCAGAAAAUUCACACUGGAGAGAGACAAUAUGAAUGCCAUGAAUGUGGGAAAGCCUUCAACCAGAAAUCAAUACUCAUUGUGCAUCAGAAAAUUCAUACAGGAGAGAAACCCUAUGUGUGCACUGAGUGUGGAAGAGCCUUCAUCCGGAAGUCAAACUUUAUUACUCAUCAGAGAAUUCAUACUGGGGAGAAACCUUAUGAAUGCAAUGAUUGUGGGAAAUCCUUCACCUCCAAGUCUCAGCUCCUGGUGCAUCGACCAAUUCACACAGGAGAAAAACCAUACGUGUGUGCUAUAUGUGGGAAAGCCUUUAGUGGCAGGUCAAAUCUCAGUAAACAUCAGAAAACUCAUACCGGAGAAAAGCCCUACAUCUGUUCUGAAUGUGGGAAGACCUUCAGACAAAAGUCAGAACUGAUUAUACAUCAUAGGAUUCAUACUGGAGAGAAACCUUAUGAAUGCAGUGACUGUGGUAAAUCGUUCACUAAGAAAUCACAGCUCCAAGUGCAUCAACGAAUUCACACAGGAGAGAAGCCUUAUGUGUGUGCUGAGUGUGGGAAGGCCUUCACUGACAGAUCAAAUCUGAACAAACACCAGACAACACACACUGGAGACAAACCCUAUAAGUGUGUAGUCUGUGGGAAAGGCUUCGUUCAGAAAUCAGUUCUCAGUGUGCAUCAGAGUAUUCAUACUUGAGAGAAACAUCCUGAGAAAACCUCAGUGAGAUCAAAUUUUAUUUUACAUUAUGGAAUUUGUGCAACAGAAAAAUAUGCAUAUUAUCGUAACUAGAAAUGCCCCAUCAGAAUGUCAUACAUUACUAUACAGAAGAGGACCUCUGAAAGGACUGAAUGGGAGGACCCCUUCCCAUAUUGUCACCAGCCUCAGUAAACCUUGGGGUAUUCAUACUGAGAAGGAACUUUGUCAGUUUGGUACAUUAGAAGAAGCCUUCUCUUGAAAACUGUAAUGGAACUCUGUUAGCAAAUUCUGCACUGGAAACAUUAUGUGAAGUCAUGUUAAUGAUAAUCCUGUUUACUGUGGAAUAGGUAAUAUACCAACAAGUUGAAUGGUAGAACAGCAUAAUAUAUACGAUAACGAUAAACCCUAAGUUCUGUGAGAUGUUUGUUGCAGAACACAUUGCCUAACAGAAUUUUGUGUGUCAUUCUUCUGUUGAAUCAAACAUAGUCUGCAUAUCUAAUCCCCCAUUGCAUAUUUUUAUCAAGAAAGGGAUGCCACAGUAAAAAAAAUAUUUAUGUAUACAGAUAUAAACCUCAGAGUGUAUGUUGACUCCCCCAUUAUCCUCUAGCACCAUGAAUGGUACCCCCCCCUUAU